GGCAUCCCACGUGAUCUCUUUUCCUUACUAUGGGCUUAGGCAGCACUGAAGCACGACAACGUCCAAAAAUGCCCGCCAGCGUCGAACCUGACGAGUAUGAGCUCGAAUCUGCGUCAUUACUCGGCUGGAGGAGAAGUGGUCGCUCAGACUUUGAACGGCGACAUCACACCUUCGCCCUGCGCUGGACAAGGCGAAAGCUUUCUGCCCUGCUAACUCGGGUUCUCCUUCUCUUUGCACGCACUGUGGGUGUGUUUUUCGGACUAGGAUACAAACGCCGGGUUUCUUUCUAUCUUCAAGUCAUAUCCAGCGGAAUCCUAGUGCUCAUAUGUCUCACUGCAGUAUUUUGGCCGUCAUAUGCCCAUCCACCGCCACACUAUCAGACACUCAGAGACCGAGUUCAAAAAAGCGAAUCUCAUGGACGUGGUAAUAUUGAAAAUGAGAAUGUGUUUAUCGCGGCUGUUCUUUAUGAUCCAGAGGGAAUGAUUGCAAACGGAAAAUGGGGUCAUGCUCUUCUCCAGCUCAUUGAACUUCUCGGGGAGCAGAAUGUGUUUCUGAGCAUCUACGAAAACAAUAGUGGACCAGAAGGCAAUGAUGCCCUUCAGACUCUCGCAGAUCAAGUGACAUGCAACAAGUCAGUUGUGUCAGAGCCAGGUCUGAGUUUAGGCGGACUCCCGAGGGUGGCUAUCCCAGGAGGAGAAAAGCGAAUCAGGCGCAUUGACUAUUUGGCCGAAGUUCGAAAUCGUGCUUUGCAACCACUACGGAAUAGUGAUAAGACAUACAACAAAAUCUUAUACCUAAAUGACGUUAUUUUUGACCCUGUCGAAGCCGUCCAGCUCUUGUUCUGCACCAAUGCUGACGCGAAUGGCGUUGCUCAGUACCGAGCCGCAUGUGCAGUGGACUUCAGCAACGCUUUCAAAUUUUACGAUACCUAUGCGACACGCGACAUGGAAGGCUAUGGUAUUGGUCUACCUUUCUAUCCUUGGUUUACUACAGCGGGCGGCGCGCAGAGUCGACGAGAUGUCCUGGAGGGCAGAGAUUCCGUGCGUGUUCGCAGCUGUUGGGGUGGCAUGGUUGCAUUCGAUGCCAGAUAUUUCCAGGGGCAAGAUCCUAUUCAAUUCCGUGCGGACCAUGAAGUAUUUUGGGAUGCAUCUGAAUGUUGCAUCAUCCAUGCAGACAUACAGAGCGCAGCGCCGGUCUCGGAGGAAUCCCGCAAUUUGGGAUCAUACAUGAAUCCCUUCAUCAGGGUUGCUUAUGAUGCAAGAACUUAUGAGCCCUGUUUGGGUACCGGGUGAUGGUCAAGGAGAUCAAGGCGAGGUUCGGACCAUAGAGCGCGAAGCUGGGAAUGACGGCUUUUGCGGACGAUGGGGACUCGAAGUCCUUGUUGAAGCUAGAUUGCCAGAUCAAGAUGGAUUUGAGCCCAUUCAGGUCCCAGCUGGGUUGUUUUGAGCCACAUCUGACCCCGUUAUGUUCGAUAUCAACAAGUACCUAAGAUUCCCCACGUUUAAUGUGAGACGCCAUGGAACAAUUCAGCCUUCAACAGUAUUUCUGUGAAAAUCAUCUUCUGUAGCGACAGGUUGACCAGAAAUGCACGUGCAAAUGGACUUUCGUAUGACAUAUUACCCCAUCACCGAACCACUUUAAAACUGCUCCUUUGAGCCCGAACAAUGAUACACACUAUAUGAGGCAAAACCGAAGGGGAUUUCUUUUUGAGAAUAUCUACUUAGAGCACGCCUUGUAACAUGGCUGUGUGGCCUUAGCCUAGUGUCAGGUACAGCCCGUGAGUGAUGUGGAUUUUCUUGCGGGAUACUUACAGUUAACGAAACUUACUGAUGAGGGCAAUUCAAUAGUGGUGAAUAUACCCGA